GGAGAAGUCGAUCAGUGUCCCUGCAUUUGUAGCAUUCCACCUUUUUGCAAUUCGCCUGCUUCGUCUGUGGGCUUUAUGCAGCUUUCGAAAUGAUCGACUGUCCCGAUGCUGCUAGUUUGAGCCUAGAAUAUCUUGCUAUGAAUGGUGACUCUGGUGCGGGGGUGGUUACCUCCCCCCCUCCAUCGACUGCUCCGCAUAAGGAGAAAUACUUCGACCGAGUUGAUGAGAACAAUCCUGAAUACCUCCGAGAGAGGAAUAUGCCCCCAGAUUUGCGUCAGGAUUUCAACAUGAUGGAGCAGAGGAAAAGAGUUUCCAUGAUUCUGCAGAGUCCGGCUUUCUGUGAAGAACUGGAAUCAAUGAUUCAAGAGCAACUCAAGAAAGGAAAAAACCCUACUAGUCUACUUGCAUUGCAGCAGAUUGCAGAUUUCAUGACAACAAAUGUGCCUAGUAUGUAUCCUGCUGCACCACAAGGUGGAAUGGCUGCGUUAAACAUGAGUCUUGGAAUGGUUACCCCUGUGAAUGACCUCCGAGGAUCUGAAUCUGUCGCAUAUGAAAAAGGAGAGAAAUUGCUGCGUUGUAAGCUGGCAGCUUUCCAUAGACUGGCAGACCUCUUUGGAUGGUCGCAACUUAUCUACAACCACAUAACAGUCAGGGUCAGUUCUGAACAGGAACGUUUCCUCAUUGUACCUUUUGGCCUUCUUUACAGUGAGGUCACUGCAUCUAGUCUGGUUAAAGUUAAUCUUCAAGGUGAUAUUAUUGAUCGUGGCUGCACCAACUUGGGAAUAAACCAGGCUGGCUUUACUUUGCACUCUGCCAUCUAUGCAACUCGACCAGACGUCCGAUGCAUUGUGCACAUUCACACACCAGCUGGAGCUGCGGUCUCUGCAAUGAAGUGUGGUCUACUACCAAUCUCUCCUGAAGCACUGGCACUGGGGGAGAUAGCUUACCAUGACUACCAUGGAAUCCUUGUGGAUGAGGGGGAAAAGAUUCUAAUACAAAAAAACCUGGGUCCCAAGAACAAGGUGCUCAUUCUAAGGAACCAUGGUCUAGUUGCUGUUGGUGAAACGAUUGAGGAAGCUUUUUAUUAUAUUCACAACCUGGUUGUAGCCUGUGAAAUUCAGGUUCGUACAAUGGCCAGUGCUGGAGGGCCUGACAAUUUGGUUCUGCUGGAUCCUGCGAAGUACAAAGCCAAAUCUCGCUGUCCUGAACCUUUAGGAGGUGAUGAAAAUAGUUCACAUCCAAAGUGGCUGAUUGGGGAGCAAGAAUUUGAAGCCCUAAUGAGAAUGUUGGAUAACCUGGGUUACAGAACUGGUUAUCCUUAUCGUUGUCCAGCUUUGCGAGAAAAAAAUAAGAAUCGCAGUGAUGUUGAGAUCCCACCCUCUGCUACAGGUUUUACCUUUCCAGAGGACAGUGACUCUAGCUCUCGCUCCCCUCUCAAGCAAAGUUCUCAGAAACAGCAGCGAGAGAAGACAAGAUGGCUGAAUGCUGGCAGCACAGGCAGAGUUGAUGAAGUGCCUGAAGAAUCUAGGAAUGGUGACAGCCCCAAAUCGAAGACUAAGUGGACAAAAGAAUCUGCUGGUCCAAUUCCCAACCAGUUUGUGCCACUAAACACUGACCCACGUGAGUUCAAAGAGAUGAGGAAUAAGAUUCGAGAACAAAAUUUGCAGGAUAUAAAGACUGCAGGACCUCAAUCUCAGUUACUAUGUGGUGUCGUGCUGGAUAGGUCCUUUGCUCAGGGUGAAUUGGUGACUGCAUCAAAGGCAAUCAUUGAGAAGGAGUACCAGCCACGAGUAAUUGUGAGCACUGCGCCAAAUCCCUUUAAUAAGCUGACAGACCGUGAACUUGAUGAGUACCGCAAAGAAGUUGAACGCAAGCAGAAGGGGCCUGAAGCUGAGAAUACUACAGCCCAUAUUGGUGAGGUCUUGGCGAAAGUUGAGUUCACUCGAGCACACCCUGAUGGCAAGCCAGAUGGCAUGGCAGUUAUAUCGCUAUCGCAAAUGCACCCUGUCCUGGAGCAAGUGACUGUUACAGAAGUUGUUCAAAGCCAAAGUCUGCCUUCCAUGCAUGAGCCUAUACAUAACCAAGAUAAUACAACUGAAACAAAAUCUCACACAAGACAAGGAUACUCUACGAAGGCAGAGUCUCAUAACAUACACAAGCAGAUGUCUGAUCAGGAUACUCCCUACAGUGUAGGCCAGGUCUCCGGGCAGUUCAACCUAGAACAUGUGGAUAGCAAAGAAUCUCUACACAGCCAGCUACACAGUGCCGUUGUCAAGGCACUAGCCAGUUCUGGUGACCGUAUUCCUUCAUCUGACCCUUCAAGUACUGGCCAGCAGGAGCUUUCAGAAUCCCAGUCACUGGAUGUAAAAGUCAACGACCAACAUAGUCCUGCAGACCACACACCUACCCGCACUCCUCCCAGCACUCCCACAAAAUUAGAUGAUGAAUUGCAAGUGGAACAGACAUGCAAGGAUGACAGUGCUGCAACUUUCCAACAGUCCCUGCCAGAACUCACCCCUGAUGAGCCCUCAGAAGUGCUGACCUUCCCGACUUUGGGAAACGAGGAGUCGGACAGCCCAAGUAAAGAUCUGAGUAGGAAGCUUGACGAGCUGACCACAGCUGAGCUCCAAGAAGUGCCCUCCCCACCACCACCUGAGCAGGUGCCAACGCCACCAGCUGAGGAAGUGGCAGAUGCAGCCAGCGAUGAGUCUCCCAGCAAGUCACCUUCGAAGAAGAAGAAAAAGUUCCGCACUCCUUCCUUCCUGAAGAAGAAUAAGAAAAAAAGCGACUCCUAAAAAAAAAAGCCUGGUCUUUACCUGGGGAAGGCAGAUCGAUUCUAAUUAAUUUCUAGAAUGUGCAAGGUUGUAUCGUUUAGUGUUAUGUCUUAUUAAAAAAACAUGUAACUGAAUGCAAAGAAACGUCUAGUAUAGCUCGAUUGGUAUGGAAAGUAACAGGACAUUUUUUUUGACACAAAACAAAAAGAGGUGCUAAUCCUUUCAGUGCAGUAGGUGCAACCCACUAAGUGUUUAAUUGCAGCAUGGUUUGCCACUUCGGGGUUGAGCUAGAAGAAUAAUGAAACCAGAGGAAGCCUUUUUUAAUAAGAUUAUAUUGUAAUGAUGAAUUAAUUGCAUUGAUAUUGUAGUAAUGACCUAUGUUUUAUCACAGGUGUGUAAGACAACCUGCGCAUGACUGUUAAAUGCCAGCCAUCUGCAAUGCUGCCUAAAUGGUGUAGGGAUGUGUUUAAAGGUUAUUACCAUGUGGCUUGUAAAUUGGCACAGAUCAUGAGUUGCUUACUUUAUAUAAUGAAAAAGAAUGCUCUAGGUAAAUUGCUGAAUCGUGAAUAGCAAGUUCUUUUCCAUUUAAGGCAGAUUUCCCUUUUGUUCAUCUGCACACACACGUUUUUUAAAGCAAUUGAAUGAUGCAGCCCACUGGUAAAUUUGGUGUGGUAUCUGUCAAGAGUGCCUAGGUUCUAGCCUGGGAAUCGUUGUACAGUGAGUUUCCCGGCUUUGGAUAUUUUCUCUAAGCAAGACCAUGGGCAUGCCCAGUGUUGCUUUUGUGAAUCUCCCAGCAACUAAUUCAGCAGUUUAACAUUAAUUGUUUGACUGGAUCUGGUGACUCAUUUACGCAUUUUUGCUUGCCAUACCAGUCCAAGAAUAUUGUGUGGUUGUCUGAAAGGGAAAAAAAAAUAGGUACACAACAUGCUCUUCUGUUAGUGAAAUACAGUUUAGAUAAAUAUGAUGGCAAAGUCAUGCUUUAAUGCUGGAAUCGUAUAUUGAAAAAAAUUUAAGACUUGCAUUUAUAUAGUGCUCUAUCGCAUCUCUAGAGAAAUCUCUCCAGUUAUUUUGAAGUGCAGUGAUUGUUUAUGUAGGCAAAUGUGGCAUUUAAAGGAUGUCUUGUUUAACCAGAAUUCUAUGAAAUGGCUAACAUGUUGUGUCCUGGUUUUUUUAUGUAUUGAUUUGAAGUAUAACAGAUUCAGCAACAAAAGAGUUACUGUAUCGCUAAGAAUUAUUUGACAUCAGAGGAAAUGAAUAGAAAGGAGAGGGUCCAUUUUUACCCUGUGCCAGGGCCAUUCACCAUUACUAAUGGAGGAAAUAAGUUUUUUCAUAAAUCCUACAAUGUGAACAAUAUAACAAGAAAAAUGUCCACUUAAGGCUUGUUUUAAUUAGGCAGCAGCCAAAGCUACUUGGAAUCUGUCAUGUACAUGUUGCGUGACCUAUCCUGUCUUUGCUAAACAGGGAGUAGAACAAGCCUCUGCUGAACAUUCUUAACUCUUCCCCAUGAUGUUGGAUAUGGAAAUUUCACUGCUCCAUGAUGCUUAAAACUUGUAGUUUGGUAAAUUAAAUUGCUCUGCUAAAUGUGGAGAAGUUUACAACAUGAGAAAAUUGUAAGAAAGAAAAGAGAAUUGUGCAAAGAAACAUAGGAUUGAUGGAAUCCUACAAAAUGUACUGGAGAAGGUAUUGGUAUAUAUAAAUGAUAUCAUUUGGAGCUAACCCCCUCUGUGCAAGAAAUUUCAGGCAGCACUGCCUACAGAUUCUAGCUGAAAUUCCUCCAUUCCCACUGGGAAGCCCUGGUUUGGGUAUCUGUAACUUUUAUGCUGGAGAUGUGACAACACAGUCCACGUGUUGAGGUCCAGCUGCUGCCUUCCCCUUUCAAAGCAGGUCUGUUGGUGGGUUGAGACAGGGCCGUAGUGGAAGUGGCAGCAAAACAAAAAGCAAGGAGUAUAAUUUGCAAAUAAGAUGUGUAAUGAGGACUGCAUGGCAUCGCUGGCUUUCUGCUUGUAUUCUACCCUUGUAUGACUUCUGUACACUAAGCAGUUUUAAUCUCCUUUUUGUUAAUCAGUUAUAAUUGUCAGACUUGAAUAUUAACCACAUACCAUCUGCUAAUUAUUCCAGUUUUGAUUGUUUCAGUUCUUAAUUAUCAUCUCCACUUAUACAAAAGAUUUGUAAACUCUUUGAUUUUUAUUCUAUCUUUCCAAUUCUUGUAUUACUAAAUGAAGUAAAAGAAUUUAUUACUUUUAUGAAGAAAAUCAUUAAUUUUGGUUUUUUUAAGUUUCAUUGUAACAUGUUUGAGUUUCGCCUACAAAUAAAAUCCUUUCUUUAAACCUUA